AUGCAGGGGAGAACAAGUGAGAUAAUUUGUGUUUCUGUCUCUGAAUUAUCACGUGGGAAAAGGGGUGUGUGUGGAUGUACUGUUAAGCAACUGCUGCACUAUCUGUCACAGGUUUAUUGCAAUAUUUACAAUCCUGUAGUUUUAUUUGUAGCAAAAGCUUGGAUGCUUGCUUUAGACAACAUUAUUUUAGCUGCAUUGUUUAUAAAAUGUAUUACAUGCUUCCUACAGCUUUUGGAUUUAAGCACUUUAAAACAUAUAAAAUCUUUAUUGGAUUUAAGAAAAACAGUAUAUGGAGAACUUUAA